AUGGUUCUGAACAACCUGGGGGACACCAAAUGCUUCGAGGGCCUGAAGGUCUAUCUUCGACGUCACCAGUUCCAUUGCGAAUCUAUCGCAGCGAGCAUGAGGGUUUGGACCAAGGAGCAUGGCUUCCCUGUCAUUCGAGUCUCUGAGUCUCGUGACGCGAGUGGCAAGGAUGUCGAGACAGUUGAUAUGAACACAAGGGAGUUGGUUCUUCCUCCCUCUGGCAGUCUAUUCAAAGUCAACGCGGACCAUGGGAGUUUCUUCCGCACCUCUUACUCACACAAGCUACUCACCCGUCCCCUCGAAGAAGCAUCAAAGGGCAGUCUCAGCCUGCGCGACGGCAUCGGGCUAUUAUCUAUCCAGCCUGUCUACAAGUUUCACGGGCCUGAGCCGAAUGAGGCUCUUCGGAAACUCACUAGCGAUGUGAUCGACCGCAAAGGUGAGGAACUCGGGUGGACUAUCUCAAAGCAUAAUGACGAGAAUCUUGACACGAUCAAAACAUCAAUGUGUAGCGGCGCGGACCUCGCAGGAUACCCCAGGUAA